AUGGCGGCUGCAUCUACUUUGAUCGGCAUUGCUUCUGCUUUCUGCGUCCUCGGCCUAGGCCUCAUUCUCAAGUCCUCAUGGAGGGCCUUACUCUUAACCCUGGUUCUGGGUGUCAUCUCCAGCGGCGUCUUUCUCACGGCCCGACACCUUCAAAUCCAGCAGUCCCGUUUGAAGCGACCGAUCCAUUUAUCUGAUGUCGCUGCGAAGAAGCCCGCCAGUCCCAGCUUGCUUAAAGGAGCUUACUUCCUCAUUGUGUUAGGCUCAGGUGGCCACACCAAGGAAAUGCUGGCUAUGAUGGAAAUCAGCUUUCCUAAUGUGCCCGACAUGCACCGACGUUAUCUCAUCUCUAGCGGUGACUCAAUGUCACUCAAACACCUGGGUGCUUUUGAAGACGAGCUCAGAACUAUUCACGGCGAGGGGCAGGUGGGAACCUUUGAUAAACACAUCGUUGCGAGAGCCAGGAAGAUCCAUCAAAGUCUACUUACAACACCCUUCACCGCCAUGAUGUCGGUGGCUCAAAUAUUCCCCUUGCUGCUGUCCUCUCCUUUCAAGGGCCCCAGAAGCCGCCAACAGUUUCCCGACAUCAUUCUCACCAAUGGCCCUGCCACUGGCUUCAUUGUCGGUCUGGUGGCGUACCUCCUCAAGAUGCUCUACAUUGUUCCAGAGGACACCAUGCAGGUCAUCUACAUUGAGUCCUGGGCCAGAAUCCAGACCCUCAGCCUGACAGGGAAGCUGUUUCACUAUACUGGCAUUGCCGACAUUUUAUUAGUCCAGCAUGAGCAAGUAGCUAAGACCUACGGGGUUACCAAUGCAGGUUGCAUGGUUGUGAGAAAGAAGACAUGA